CCCCUUUAACGGCGCGGCUCGCGCUCCGCGGCCCCCGCGGCGGCUGCUGCUGCGGCUGCUACUGCGGCGCCCGCUGCUGCCGCCGCCGCUGCCGUCGCCGCUCGGCCUCGGCAGCUGCAUCCCCGCCCGGCCCCGCCAUGGUGUCCUGGAUCAUCUCCCGCCUGGUGGUGCUCGUCUUUGGCACCCUCUACCCAGCCUAUUCUUCCUACAAGGCCGUGAAGACCAAAAACGUGAAGGAAUAUGUGAAAUGGAUGAUGUACUGGAUCGUCUUCGCCUUCUUCACCACGGCCGAGACCCUCACAGACAUCGUGCUCUCCUGGUUCCCCUUCUACUUCGAGCUGAAGAUCGCCUUCGUGAUCUGGCUGCUGUCGCCCUACACCAAGGGCUCCAGCGUGCUCUACCGCAAGUUCGUGCACCCGACUCUGUCCAACAAGGAGAAGGAGAUUGACGAGUACAUCACCCAGGCCCGAGACCGGAGCUACGAGACCAUGAUGAGAGUGGGCAAGAGGGGCCUGAACCUGGCGGCCAAUGCCGCGGUCACUGCUGCAGCCAAGGGCCAGGGGGUGCUGUCGGAGAAGCUGCGGAGCUUCAGUAUGCAGGACCUGACCCUGCUCCGGGACGAGGACGCACUGACCCUGCAGGGGCCCGACGGCCGCCUCCGCCCCAGCAGCCUCCUGGACCCCAUCGAGGACCGGGCAGACAACCCCGCGCUGAGCAUCAGGACCAGCUCGAGUCUACCCGACGCCCGCGUGGAAGCCUCUGAGGAGGACCCGGGAGACAAGGCCCCGAAGAAGGUCAAAUCCAUGAAAAAAGUGCCCAAAGCCGAGCCACUGGCCUCCAAGACGCUGAAAGCUCGGCCCAAAAAGAAGACCUCUGGCGGGGGGGACUCGGCUUGAGGCCCCUCCAGGCUGCAGGGCGAGGAGAAUUCUCCAGAAGGACCUCAGCCCCUGCCCACACUGUGCCCAGAGCCCCGCUCUCUCCCCAGGACCCUCACGGGGCUGCCUCGAGCCCACCUGUGACCUCUGGAAGGGCUUGGGAAAGGGGGCGCCCUACUGCGGGGGCGCCCUGGGUCGAGGCUGGAGGAGGUGGGGGGCGGGGGCUCUGCUCCAGCCCCGCCCCCACCCACCCAGUGCCUUGCUGAAGACCAUGGCCAUCCCCCCACUGUGCUCCCUGUGGGGGGGCGGGCAGGGGCCAGUCACAGGCCCCAUGGAGCCCCCGCAGGCUCCUGGGUGCGAGCAGAAGGCCUCGGGGAGCCCGGGGCUCUGCGGGUGCUUACAUACAUGACAGGGCAGGCUGUGUGUCCUGUGGCCCCAAUAGGACAUGGCUUCCAGAGGUGCACAUGUGAGCGUGUGUGUGCGUGUCUCAGUCUGGGGGUCAGGGGCUCUGGAGACUCCCCUCCAGCAGGGACCCCCCACUCCCCAGGCCCCCCCGCCCUCCUUCCUCAUAGCCCCCCUCACCUCCCUGGCCCUCAGCCCCCAUCCCCUCCCCCUGGGGCUGGACUCCCCCUUGCCUCCAGGAGCCGGCUCCUCCCCUCUUGGGCCCGCCCUCCGCACCCCUGCCCCAGCUUCUGCAGGAAGAAGGUGUGAAGGGGGGAAGUGAGGAGCGCCAUGGCCACCCACACACAGGCCCUUUGCUGGCGGAAGAGUCAAUAAACCACUCUGGCCCCUCACUCACCAGUGUCCGCUCCUGUGCCCUCACCACCCGGGAAGGGCCCCUGGGAGGAGCACCGCCCACCGUGGGAGGAGGGUUGGGGAGUCGGACCACGAAUGAGCUUUGAUGGCCCAAGGUAAGAGGUGGCAGCGAGGGCCGGAGCCGUAGCACAGUGAGGAGGGCACCUGCACGAGCACCCCCUUAGUCCCCAGGCCUGUCAGGAAUGAUUCCUGAGUGCACAGCCAGGAGUAAGCCCUGAGCACAGCCUGGUGUGGCCCCAGAACAAAAAAGGCAGGAAAGUGGGAGGAGGCUGCAGGGCCUGGGGGCAAAGGGAAAGCUGGUGGCAUAGGAAGGGAAAGGCUGGGGAGAGGGAGAGUCGGGGGGUGCAGGCGCAGGCAGCUAGCGAAGGGCUGGGGGCAUGGAGCCCAGCCUCCCUCCCCGGCAUCAGAGGCUUUGUCUGCCCGAGAACCUUCUGAACUUGGGGUGGGGGGAGGCAGGCAUCUUCCUCCAUCAGCAGCCCUGGGAAAGCCGCCACUGGUCUCUGAGAGCAGCCUGGCUCCCCUGUCAGGAAGGAGAGAACAAGUCCGGGAAGUCCCUGGUUCUAGAAAGAUCUCCAGAGUAGAGUACAGCAGUGUCAUGAGCAGCCAGCAUAGGCCUUUGCUCGCCGAAUCCCAUGUGUGCGUGCAUGCGUGCUUGGGCUACCUGUGGAGAUGGACCCUUCGGAUCGGGCCCCCACAAGGGCUGGAGAGAGAGCACUCGGGGGCUCUGCCUCGUAAGCAAAGGGCUCGCUCGCCAGCAGCCCUGAGCACAGAGGCACGGCAGGUAUGGAAGUAGGCAGGUAGCUCAGGGAAGGGCCGCCCUCACGGGAAUGGAAGUUCUGGGGAGUCGUCAGGCCACCUGGCUCUAAGCAACUAAGACCUCCUAAGGCCUUCACCUGAGCUAGCCCAGACCCGAGAAGACGGCCCCGCCCUCCGAGAGAAGCUCCCGUGCGAACAGAGGUCAAGAAAAGGAGCCACAAUGACCAGCCCAACUCUGCCCUCCCUGGCAACCACCAUAGCAACAGACUCUACAGUAGAAGCAUGUGGAGCAGCUUGGGAAAUACUCCAUAAAGGUCACCUUGAACGAAGGAAGCACGCGCACACCCCGCCCGAGCCCAAGUGCUGCUUGUGCCCACGUGACUGGGCACAUGUGGUGCCCGCAUCUGCCCUCUUGAGAUGUGUGCUGGGCUCUCUGCCUUUGGAGAAGCCCGCGUUCUCUCUCGAACGCUACUCUCACUUUCCCUCCUGCCCCUCCUAAAAGCCGCCAAAUAAAAUCUGUUUUUACUUCA